AUGCCCAGGGACGAGAAGGAUCUGACUGGUAUUCUCAACGAUGUGUUGGCGCAUGAUUACCAGGCUAGGCUCAAGGCCUUGCGUGAACUCAAAAGCCUGCUGGGGAGGCCCUUCAACCUCGACGAUUUUCCCGAUACUGCCCGCGUGAGCCUGGCCAAAUCAAUCUUGGCGUUUCCAGUCACUGCAAAGCUUGCAUCCCAAGUUCUCCUACAGAUCGUCAGCAAUUCGUCUCCGAGAAUCUUGAGUCGACAAUCCCAGGCCAUCAUUCAGCCAAUAAUUUUGGCGUUUUCCUCUGCUACUCAACAUCUAAACUCAAUAAUUCCCAGCAAGGAUCAAUUGGUCAAAAUAAUUUACAUGAUCCGAAUUUUAACAACCAUGAUCGCCAAAGCAGGAUCUUGCGCCCUCAUCAAUCUAUCUGAUCAAAUUGCUUGUAUUCAACGUUGCUACCAACCAAUCACACCCCCGCAGCCAUUCCAUCCCCCAGAGCGAAUUGUUUUGGGCUCACAGGCUCAUCAAAAGGCCGCCUCUCCAGCUCCUAGAAUAUAUGCCCAAUCUUCAGACUCGGAAACCAAUUCAGAAGGAGAGAGCACUCGUAUCGCAAGCACCAAUGCACAGGCUGUUCAGUGCCGCCUCGACGCCCUAACUUGUCUUCGAACAAUGGCCCAAUCAGAUCCAAAAGCUUUACAUCCUUUCUGGCCCGAUUUGCUCCCCGCUCAUGAAUAUAGAACUCAACAGCCUUAUACCCUCCUCAAUGUAAUUGAACGUGACUGCCAGCUCAUGGUUCGCCUGAGGGCAUGCAGUGUUAUGAAAAUAAUGUUACAGGGCGCAGGGGCCUAUAUGGCUAUCGCCGAGGAGAAUAACCGGAGGGUUUCCUACAUUUCACUAUCCGCCAAACUUGCGUCGAUCACCAUAGAACUUCAUCGCCGAUUGGGCAAUCUUCUGAAGGCGCCAGUAGUUGCGCCUGAGCUGACUAGAGAAGUCUUGGAAGUCUGCGAGGCUUUGACUGUUGUUUCUGCCUAUCACCGUAUCUCUACUCCCAUCCUAGACCCUCUCUUAAAGCCAAUGAUCGGUCUACUCACAUCAAUUGAGCCAAGCAAAAUCUCCGCUUUGCUAUGGAACGAUCUACUCAAGACUGCCUUGCCUUUCCUGGAUUGGAAUGAAGCACUGGUCAAAAAAGUCCUGAAUCUCCAGAGUCUCUUUGAGGUGAUCACAGACGAUGAAGAGGAACUGAGAAGCAAACUGAAUCUUAUCGGCUCGCUGACCGUGCUCUUCCCUGGAGUGCAGUUCGACGCCAUCUACCUCAGUUGGGUAAGGGCUCGGCUUCGCGAGGUUGGCCUUGAUUCACUGGAUAUGGUCGUCAAUAGUAAAUCGGAAAGAGUCUUGAGCUAUCUUUCCGGUAACAUUAUCUGGGACUUGCAAGCUGUCUGUGAUGAUGUUCGCGCAAUACGACUAUUAGGAAUCAUUAUUUCUAAAAGGUUUAUCAUUCAACCAUUGGAAUUAGUUACCAAGGUCAUAUUCUACUUGUUGGAUUAUAUCGACAACAAUGUCCCGAUGGAUGAUCCAGACGAGAAGGGCGUGUCAACUCGCACUUGGACGUUGGCCAACUGCUUGGAUGCAAUUGAUGAUCUUGCAAAUCGUCAAGCAUUGGAUGCACCAUUUGACCUAGGCUUCUGGACGCAGAUUCUUGAUGUAACACAUCGUCUGCUCUUUCGAGGGGGAAACCGUUCGAAUCCGCUUAAAACAAACUGCGUUAGGAUGAUUGGGGUAGCGCUUUGUAAAUUGCCAAUCAGGGAACCCCUAUCUGCCGAGCUAGGAGACGUGGUAGACAAAGCUUUGGACACAGCUUUUGACUGUCUGGGUGACACACUUGCCAAGGUUCAAUGGAACGCUGCCAGUGCCCUGAGACAAAUCCUACUGGUGCUCAUCGAUGAUGAUCUGGCAGACCCAGAUGGUCAGGUUUCAGAGUUGAAGAACCGUGUGUGCGAGAGGUUGAGUGGUACUUUGGAAAGCAGUAGUUCAUUCAAAGUUCGGAUUCAAGUCUGUUUGGGAUUGCAAGUGGCUCGAGCUGGAUUAUCUGCUCAGAUCUUAAGAUCGAUCACCACAACUAAAGAGAAACUGGAUGAUGAAUUCGAAAGGAGACAAAUCCCUAAUAAGGAGAUUGAGCAUGCCGAACGGUUACGACUUGAACUUGACAAGUUGCUCGUGGACGAUAGUCUGGAGACACCGGGAUGAAGUUUUGACCUGCGACUCGAUCGAUCUUUCUAGAAUAGCAAUUAGAAUGAACAAAACAGAUCAGGAAUUCGAUUCCAAUUCUUCAAAGGUUCUGGUGGUCUACAUAAAUGCGAUCCUAAUGAAAGCUCAUUAGACCUUCACAUGCGAGUUGAUCGAAUGAGAUUUUCUGGGAUUAAGUUAGAUAGAAGAUGGAUGCUCGUAUCAGUUGGAGGAUUGAAGGGUCAAUGCCAUCCAAACUAAUUGCCAUAAUACACACGCAGGGCACUUCACAAAAAUCAGUGCAUCCCAGGGAUGCCAUUGCACCUGAGAUGUCCCUGGGACAGGAUGCCGUCCCCAGGACGUCACACUUCACAAAAAUCAGCGCGGCCCAGGGAUGUGUAGCCGUGCUACAGUGUUUCUGUCAAAAGAUGACAGGACAAGCCCCUGGCGUACGCCAGGCACUUGUCAGGAGUUGUACAGUUACCGGCUAGCGCCGGAGUUAGGAGCCGAACUCCGUUCGAUUCCUAUUCCGUUGUUUUCCCCGCCGAAUGAACUAUUAUUCAUUCUGGCGUCAUAUUUCAUAUUUUU